UAAGAUAUAUAUGCCUUAUAUAUUUAUUUAUUUAAAUUACAAUUACAAUAUCGGAAAGGGUAAGUUGCACUCAUUUAGUAAAAUACAACUGGGUACAAGGUUUGUUGGUAUCCUUGAGAAAAAAAAUCGGCAUAAUUUUAUGAAGGGUGGGCCUUCAUAAAAUUCACGUUCGCUCAUUUUGGGCAGGUCUAUGACCAACGUGCUAGAUAAGAUAAGAUAAGAUAAAUUGAUUAAAUGGAUCCUUUUCAAAAUAGCUUGAAGCAAUCUGAUAGGAAGGAGACCCCUUUAAGACCUCCACUUUCAUAUCUUAAAGAUCAAUUGGAGGAUAUUAAUCAAGAUGCAUUCUCUAUAAUAAAACUAAAUACUCACACCCAAAUAACUCCACAAAAAUCUUUAUUAUUGCCCAGAAAUCAAAUACAGUCUAUAAAUAAUGUUCAAUACUCUAAAUUGUUAUUUGAUACAUGUAGCAAUAUGAAUCAAGAUAUGCUGAAAAAUGAUUUAUCAUUGGAGGCCUCUAAAAAUGGAGAUAUGUUUUUAUGUAAAGAAAAUACAAAUAAUGGGGUAUGUAAUAUCAAACAACCUGCAAAAUUACCCAAGAAAGCACCAUUGGAUCCCAAGUUAAUAAAUAUGAAUCCUGGUUUAAAUUCAUCCUCAUUAAUCUCAGGACUCAAGCAAAAAUUGAGCAAGAAACUCGAAGAAACUGCCACAAAUUUUCAACACAAUCACCCUGAAAGUACUUUCGGCGCAACCCUAGAUCAUCUUUCCAAACAGCUGGCCAGCUCCAUUCUUCCAAUAUCGGAACGUAUUUUUAAAACAGAAGCUAACCCUAUAUUAUGUGAAUCGAGUAAGGAUAUCGUUAAGUAUCAACAAGACUUAUCAUUUGAUAAGCCCGAUACGGUUGGCAGUGAAGAGAAAUUCAUGCUGAACUCUUUUGAGAUAAAAGAUUUGUCCAAAAAGCCCAUAUUUAUAUCCGAAAAACAGCCGUCGGAGUCUAUAAUAUCUUACAACAAACAUAGGGAAAAAGUUACCACUGAUAAUAAUGGCAAACUGAUUGAAAAACCGCCCGAGGAACCGAUUGAAAUUGGGAAUGAUCCUUUGCACGGUCAAAUGGAAAAUCUUACUCACGAAAAACUAUUUGCAUCCGCUAAUAAUAAACAAUUAAUUACAAAUGAAACCGAUCGGUUAAGAACCGAUAUAGGGUUCGCAACACAAGAUGCUAAUCAAAUACACGGCAUUGACAAAUCUACUGAAACUCAAUCCAGAUAUUCAAAUAUGGUUUCUACAAGAUCUAGUUGUAAUUGCCUGAUUAAACAUUCAUUGAAACUUCCAUCUUCCCCUCUUUUUUUAUUCUCGCUCAGCAUAGCCUUGCUAUCCAUUAUGAUUAUAUUACUAAUUUCCCUAACUUCCAACUAUCCGAUCUCAUCCAUUUUAAUCAGUUUUAUUUGCGGUUCGGGUUUUUGCUUUCUAGCUAUUCAUCUUUACGAAACAACGUUCGGCCAAUGCGAAUAUCAGAUACCGUAUUGGAAACCAAUUUUAAAAUCAGCUCCUCUUUACCAUAUCGACGGAAAUUACCAGUAUAUCCAUCCAGUUUUAAAUCGUAAUAUCGAAUAUCGGAUUUGGUAUAGGGCGUUACUUGAAAAAAUGGGCAUUUGGAAAUCGAAAAUCGAGAUCGAUCAUGUUAUGAAAGCCUAUAUCACCAACAAAGAAGAAUGCGCUAAAUUAAAUAAUGCGAACGAAUAUGCGACUAUACCUUCUCCCGUUUCUUCCAAAACCAGGGUUCAUAAUAGGAAGAACGUCUUUAGGCUUGAACCGCAUCAAGUAUGGAUGAACGAAUUACCCCUCUCUUACAACUUCGAAACUUACCGAGUUCAACAAACGAGGAGUGUACUGCUUAAAUUAGAGGCUAGUAUCUUGAAGCUCUCGACGCCCAAACACAAUUUAUCUAAACGGGACUUGUGGAAUAGCAAGGAGGUCAAUUCUUUUAAUAUUCAAUAUGUCAAUCAUAGGAUUUACGAUUUAACUGGAAGCUCCAUUUACCUCAUGCCUUAUGACAUGCCCAAAAAGGUUUACUGGAGCAAAAAAUAUCCUAUAUGCAUAAGACUCGCCCCCAACGCCCUCAAUAAAUAUACGUCUUCCUCUCUUUCUACCGAACCCAUAAACUCUCGAUUCAAGGUUGUUAGCAAUUCUUGUCAUGUGAAUUCUGCGGUAAAUCCACUGCUUACUCAUGUACGCACAGAGAUUUCAAACAGAUCAGAGUCUAACGAUGGCAAAAGCUCUCAUAAAAACGUCAAAUUCUGUCAAAUUGGCGGUGAGAAUGCUAGAUUAGGACAACUAUUCCAUCAAGAAGAGAAUAAACAGUGCAAUGAUAAAGAGGCACUAGAUAUGUUAUCGGAGCCUGAACAGAUAAAUACUUUAGAAGAUGUUGAUUAUUCCAGUAGUAAGGAAAGGGAGGAAGGAACAGAAAAUACGAAAGUGCCGCUAAGGACCACAAAUUCCAAAGUCGCAGAUGCGAUAACUCUUUACCUAUUUAGUCGAGCCAAUCGGCAGAAGGAAGAAUGGUUUUGGAGACUAUUGAGGGCCUCUUCUAUUACCAACAGCCUACCCGGUCCUAUGUCGAAACAUUGGUCGGGAUCAGAUUUGGUUUCUUUAUGCCGAGAUUUUGACAGUAAACUUGAUCCUAGGUCCUCCACCGCACUAUGGGUCAAGGGAAAGCGCAACAUCUCUCCCACUUCUCAUAUAAUCGACUCCGAAUCGACAUCUUCCAAUCACUUUGACCAUUCUGAGAUUCACCGAGCUAACCAAAAUAGUUUGAAAAAGGAAAAUUUCGGAGAAAAGGGCAUAUUCUUUGAUCCGACACUUCAUAUAGACACUCAAGAACUUAGACUUUAUCUGUGCCCACUAAUAUUUGAGGGUCUUCUAAAAAAAUUUCCAGGAACAUCAUAUGUUAACUCUGAACAAUCAACGAUCUCAUCCAAACAUCCUCAAAGUUUAGCAACUGAUAAUUCUAAGACUAAUUUGCUGAAUAGACUAGAUAAGGAUCACAGCUUAUAUGCUAAGAAUGUUAAAAAUUUAGAACUAAAAGGCUUCAAAUACCAUGAUAGUAAUGAUCAGGUGAUGUUAGAGGAUUGUCUAAAGAUUCAUGCUGAACUGUGUUGGUUUAAUGCUUUCAUCGAGAGACUCACCUGGGACAUUUUGAGUGGUGAUUAUCUAAAGGACACGAUAACUAUGAAAAUUCGAAGAAAAUUGGCAAAAGUUAAGGUGCCUUACUUCAUUGAACCAUUAAAACUUCUUCAUUUCGAAACUGGACAAACACUUCCUGUGGUUCACGCAACCACCCGUCCAUGGACAGAUUCCGAUGGUGUCUGGUGGCAAUUCCUAAUCAGUUAUACUGGUUCGGCGAAUAUCACCCUUUCCACUAAGAUAAAUCUAAUGAAACUUAAAAGCAAAUUAGCCGACGACCUCACUGACCAAGAACAGUCUUUAGUCGAAAAUUCAGAAAUUUCUCAAAUCGCACCGGACCCCUCACGAUUACCGAAAAAGCGAAGAACUUGGACAAGUAAAGGUUCCGACUCAGAGGAUACCCCCGAAUCCUCAGAAGAUGAAGAAUCUAUCCAUAACGGUAUUAGGAAUGCUUCUUUAGGAAUUUCCAUCGGUAGAGACACUAAUCCUAAAGGUCACCUGACAAAUUUUUCAAACAUACCUGUUACCAAUUUGCCCACCAAUAACCCUACCCCAUUAGCAGAAAACAAAGGAAAGAAAAUACUUAAGAUUGUGGACAAGAUAGCAAAUUCCAAAUAUUUCCAACAAGCUACGGAGAUGAAAUACAUCAAGAAAGGAAUGGAAGCAGUUAGCAAUACUCCUUUAAUAUUGACCGUCGAACUUAAUUAUUUGGAAGGAAUAUUGGUUUUUAAUCUUCCAAAUCCACCUUCUGAUAGAUUAUGGUACGGUUUCAAACCUAAGCCAGAAAUGAAAAUAUCGGCCAAGCCUAAACUUGGAGCAAAAUACCUCAAUAUUAGCCAAAUCAUUGAAUGGAUCCAAAAUACUCUACUCUCUGAAUUUGAAAAAGUCUUGGUACUUCCUAACAUGGAUGAUAUCGUUAUACCUAUCAUGAAAUCGGGACAAAUUAUAUGAUUUUAUUUAUAAUUUGCAUCAUUCAAAAAUAACUAGACAAUAUCAAAAAAUCUAAUUUUAUUUAAAAUUUUAAAAUUAUAGUUUACUUAGCAUUUUAUUAAUUUUAUAAUCAAUAUAUUAUUAUAUUUUACCACCCUAAUUGUACAUAUACACCAGCUACCUAUCACUAAUAUAAUAUAUUUUCAGUAAAACUAAUACUAGAAGCUAUUAUUU